ACCAUAGCUCACUUGGCCAAAUAUCAACCAUCCACAUCGCAUCAUAAAUUGAACGAUUCGGAGUCCGUGACAAUCAAAUUUCAAUCUUCGAAUAUCUUUGCGAUCUCGACACUUCAUCAUGAGUAAAGCACAUCCACCAGAACUUAAGAAGUUCAUGGACAAGAGAUUGUCAUUAAAAUUGAAUGGCAACCGUAGAGUGACCGGAGUCCUUCGAGGAUUUGACCCCUUCAUGAACCUUGUAAUCGAUGAAGCAACAGAAGAUAUCUCAACUACACAGAAGAAUGACAUCGGCAUGGUGGUUGUGAGAGGAAAUAGUAUCAUCCUUCUCGAAGCCCUAGACAGAGUCUUAUAGCGAUAGACAUCCAAAGAUCGGACUAGAAGUCACUCAUCAGUUCCAUUGACUAGUACCCGAUUGGAAAGUUGGAAGAGGAUACCACUUGUGCAGUCAACAUUUGAACUUCACUAAUUCAACAAGAUUAACCAGAAAUAACUCUCAACCAUAUCGUGAACAUCAAAGCUGUUGUCUGUCGAAAUUCAGAUGUUAAUUCCACAAUCAUGUGAUUUUUUGGAGACAAUCAAACAAAGAAUCGAAUGAACAGAAGUCCAACUGUAAAUAAACGUGUAAAUAGAUUUGUGUCAUUGAUGGAGAUAUGUUUCUUAUUGUAAGAUGUAACUUAGUUCAUGGGGUUGGGCAGGGAGGUUUUUGAUAGAUUUUGUGAACACAUUACUGUAUUUAUAUUCUGGCACAAUGAUGGUUUUACAGAGAAAGCAGGAUAUUUGGAUAUUUCUUUUAAAAAUUGCACUCGAUGCUCUGUCUGUAAAAGAUUUAGUUUUCUUGGAAAUAUACAGAGAA